GCAUAACAAUCCAGUAACACAUAUUUAAUGAUACAACACUGACAUGGGUUCAAGUCUUAUUUCACUAGCUUUGGUCUGGUGGGUUUUUUUUUUUUUUUUACACAUGAGCGACUAUCGUGUGCUGACCAUGUGGUGAAUAGUGUGGGACGUCAUUAUAGUACUGAGGUGGGUCUCCCCAAUUGGACAUAAAAUAGGGCCGGUAACCUGUUCGGUUUAAAAAAAAAAAAAAAAAAAAAAAACUUUACCACCCACAGCCCGCGCGUCACGUUCAGGGUCCGACCGAGUGGAUCAUUAUUGAUAAGCCUGAAAACCGACGAAUUCAAACUCCUCUCCCACACUGACAUGGAACAGACACCAGCUCCUGUUUGGACCUACUCGGAUUCGGGCUGAGUUUUUUUUGUGUGUGUGUGUGCGCGUUUCAUUUUGUAUUCAUAUAUUAAAGUGACAGCUGUUUGAGACACGAUGUUGUUCUGGCAGCCUUACACUGAAAACUUCAGAGUGCCUGAACCCGGCGUCAGCAGUUACACAAGCGAUGUGCUGGCUCUGCCGAUCUUCAAGCAGGAGGACUCCAGCCUACCCCCUGAAAGCGAGACCAAAAAUCCCCCAUUCCAGUAUGUGCUCUGCGCCGCCACCUCGCCGGCUGUCAAGCUGCACGACGAGACGCUCACAUACCUGAACCAAGGCCAAUCGUACGAGGUGCGCAUGUUGGACAACAGGAAGCAGGACGAGCUGCCGGAGCUCACCAACAAGAUGGUGAAGAGCAUAGUGCGUGUGGUGUUUCAUGACCGCCGGCUGCAGUACACAGAGCACCAGCAGCUGGAAGGUUGGAAGUGGAAUCGUCCGGGCGACCGUCUCCUUGACAUCGAUAUCCCCAUGUCGGUGGGCAUCGUGGAGCCGAAGACUCACCCCUCCCAGCUGAAUGCCGCAGAGUUCCUGUGGGACUUGAACAAAAGAACUUCUGUGUUUGUGCAGGUGCACUGCAUCAGCACAGAGUUCACUCCCAGGAAGCACGGCGGGGAGAAGGGCGUCCCCUUCAGGAUCCAGUUGGACACGUUUGCCCAGGGAGACGCCGGCGAGUACACAGAGCACCUCCACUCCGCCUCCUGCCAAAUCAAAGUCUUUAAGCCAAAGGGGGCGGACCGUAAGCAAAAGACGGACCGGGAGAAGAUGGAGAAACGCUCUCCUCAAGAGAAGGAGAAGUACCAGCCUUCUUAUGAUACCACUAUUCUGUCAGAGACGAGGCUUGAACCCAUCAUAGAGGAUGCGGGUGACCACGAGCUGAAAAAGUCCAGCAAGCGGACACUUCCCGCUGACUGUGGCGACUCCUUGGCCAAGAGAGGCAGUUGCUCGCCAUGGCCAGACGCCUACGUCAGCCCCAACCAGGCAGCUACUCCCUCCUUCGCCUCCACCCCCCUGUCCACCUACACAACAUCCUCCGUACCGGACAGUGAAUCGUCCUCACCCAAUCACCAGGCAGACCCUGUCAGCCUCGGCAACUCGGAGGUUAGCCUCCACUCUUCUCUCCUGUAUGACUUGGCAGAAAGGCAGUUGAGCCCCACGGCCACCAUACAGGACGCACAGAAGUGGCUGCUGAAAAACCGCUUCAACUCCUACGCACGGCUGUUCUCUCACUUCUCAGGUUCUGAUUUGUUGAAGCUAACCCGGGAUGAUCUGGUCCAGAUUUGUGGGCCGGCAGAUGGGAUCAGACUCUUCAAUGCACUUAAAUCCAGGUCAGUGCGCCCCAGGUUGACGGUGUACGUCUGUCAGGAGUCCCCCCAGGAGAGCCCCCUGCUGAAGAGACACGCCAACAGUGAAAAUGGAGAACACAUCAUUCCCUGUAGUUUACACGUGUAUCAUGCUCUGUACCUGGAGGACCUCACAGCUGCAGAACUGAUCCGCAAGAUGGCGUGUGUGUGCAACCUUCCACUGGGAACGAUCAACCAGGUGUACAGGCAGGGUCCGACGGGCAUACACAUCCUGCUCAGUGACCAGAUGGUUUACAACUUGCCCGACGAGAGCUGUUUUUUGAUCAGCACUGUCAAAGAUGAACUGGGCGAAGGACUCCAUCUAAUCCUGAAGUAGUGCGGAGGACAGAUGGCAUCACUAAUACUCCACCCUCUGUCUUGGAGCAGAAGCCUCCCUCUAUCCCUCUCUCCGCCUGCCUCGACCCGUUCCUCUUACUUCCUCUCGCUCUCCAAACGAUCGCUCGAUGGGAGGCAGUCAGACUGCGCUAAAGCCAUGUAAAUGUUAGAAUCUGACAUGGGUGUGUCCACUGUUUCAUAUUGAAAACACUAUAAUGGAGGAGUUUAGUUAUAAGGGGAGAGGCAAGGGGAGGGGCUAUGAUGUUUGGGGGAAGAUGUAUGUAUUUUGAUUUUAUUAUUUGUCUUUUAUAUGGUUUCCGCGGGGACAGGGGGGCGUUCUGGCCGGCGUGAGAAGGAAAGAAAGCAGAGUUUCCUUAUCGCUCGUUUUCCGCUCAACCAGCACGAGGCCAGUAUUUUGAUAACCUGUACUGCUGCACAGCAUGCGAUCUCAACGUACUAACCCGCUUCAACGAGAACCCCGCAAUUUACUCUGCUUGUGUAACGUUGUGGGUCGGCUUAAUGAACCGUUUGUUAAUAAGUUGAGCCUGGUGACCCGCGGGAGAAAUCCAAGCUGAAUCUAGGGAAGUGGCGUCGUUGGUGUAUUUUGACACCAACAUUAUUUUUUUUGUUUCCUCUGACUGACGGACUGAUUACAUUAGCUAUUGUCACAUAGUCGUGUUAUUUUAGACUUCCUGCCAUGUCUCUCUGUCUGUUGAUGUGACACUCGGUUCAAACCCCUUCAUGUUCGGCUUUUACCGUUUUGUUUUUUUUAGUUGACACUCUGUUUGAAGAUCAGCUGUUUGAACUUGUUGAUGGUGCCAUAUCGUCUUUUUAGCCUGAUCUUUUACACACAAACACAGUGCACAUGCACCUCAUCUUUGGCCCCUGUGCUGACUUUGAAACACUGGUUUAGAGGAGUGCGGUUUACUCCUUCUGGUACCUUUGCAAUAAACACGAAGAAACGGAAGAACAAACCGUUGUAGAAAACUGACAUGCAGAGCAAAGCGCCUAUCCAAAAUGCCCUAUAAUGUGGACCAAACAGGUUUAGGAUGGAUAGUCUUUUAUUUAUUUUGAGGAAAAGCCUCAUUGAUUCUAUACAUCUUGGUCUUCUAGAAUCAUUAAUAGAAUUGAUCCGAUGCAAAGUGUAACCGUCUCUUCUGAUGUGAUCUGCAUGUACGUAGUAAUAAACACUCCCUUCCAGCAUCUCCCCUGCGAGAACCCACCCAUCACACAGCGGUAGCCUGGUUUUUAAUAGUCUUGUACUGUAGACUAGAAAAAUCAUGGCAGCUCCUCAUCCAUCUUAAGAAAACCUGUUUUUAAAUGUAGCUGAACACAGGAAGUGCAGCUCACGUGUUUUCGAGUGCCGUUUUUGAAAGGGACAGGAAAUCUCUCACAGGUCCUCGGAGUCGCGGUUGGUUUAUUUGACCCCCCUUUUAAGUUCGAUACACAACGUCUGGCAGUGUUUCAAGUGCAUACAGUUUGCACGCUUCUAAGUGUCAGAAUGUGUGUGCAUGUGUAUCAACCUUUUUGUUCUUGCAAAGAAAACUUAAUUAUGUCAGUAGUUGGUAUGAUGAAACUGUGUUUAGCUUGCUGUUUAGUAAAGAGCAUGUGGAAGAUGUGGGGGGGGGGAAAAGGAGGGAUAAUUUGGUUCAGUAUAACACUUCUUGUUUUUCCUUGUUAGAGACCAAGUCUGCACUGAGAAAUCACAGCUCAAUGUGUGGUCGGUAGUCCUACAGCCACACCCUUUCUUACCCGCCUAUAAGGAGAACAAAAAAAAGAAUGUCAAGACUUUGAAAAAUAAAAAAUAAAAAAAAGCAUCCAUGUUUUGUGUCCCCGUGCGCCAGAGCCAGCACUGUAGCUCUUGUGGUUUUUACAAGGACCGUGUGCCACAGCACAUUUAGUAACGGAACGGAUGUGACACCGAGUCAGGCUAACUCUGGUGAGCAGUUUUAGUCCCCUGAAGGCCUGACCAACCAUUCGUAUGUGUGUGUGUGUGUGUGUGUGUGAGAGUGAGUGAGUGAGUGAGUGAGUGAGCGAGAGAGAAUGGAGGCAGGAGAGCUGACCACUGUUCAUGUACAGCAUAAUGUCAAUGAUGAUGCUUCUCAUGUGCACAGUAUCGUAUGCUGGAGGUGUACACAACCACAUGUGCUGGGAAUAAAUGAUUUCAUAACUUUC